AUUUUUACUGUGAAAAUAAGAUAAACGGGUAGGAAAAUCACGUAUACUUUUUCAACUGAAGACUCACUUAUAACAAUAAAGUAUAAAGAUAAACCCUUGAGAGAACAAAAUAAAAGAUUUUCAACACACCAUCAGCAGGGAUCAAUUUGGCCUUUUCAAUCUUCACCGGACUCCAACAGGCGACGGGAGGACCCACCACAGCAACUUCUUUUCUCGAACAAAAUCGCAAUGAAUAGCCGGAAUCUUCUUCCUCGAAGAGAAACCGCAACGGCAACCAUCACUAGCUCUUCAGUCUAGGGUACUUAACAAGGAGCGACGAUGAGCAGGAACAGCUCUACUUCCAGGAACGGGCGGUCUGCCUCUCGAAACAGAUAUCCGACCCCGGCCCAUCAGCUGAACGACCGCUAUGGAGUAGACAGGAGGAACUUGCGCAGCACGACGGCACUACUAGCAAAGUACGAGAACGAAGCGUUGGAACAAGAGCGGGCGCGCUCAGCGUCUCGUCGCCGAGCGACCGGCGGAUUUCCUCUGCCUCCUGGAGGAGUAGCACAACCAGGAGCGUCGGCGCCACCCUUUGCGCAUUUGUACCAAGGACCGAACAGCGCAAGAAACCAGUCGUCUUUCCCAAAUGGCGCAUCAUCUUCAAGUGCGGUCGUUCCCCCGUUCCUCGGGGCUCCCGUUUUAA